UGCAAAACUGUUUUGACCAUGGAAGGACACAGAGUCUCAUCCUAUGGAAGACGCUUCGGCUCACAAACCACCUCUGUCCACCAUGCCCUGAGGUUCUCGCCAGGCCGCAGAUACUUUUCUCCAUCUCCCGCCACCCAAUUCUCUCUCACUAAGCUGAAGACAGCCAGGCUCAGUUUCCAUUCUGGCGCCAAGUUCUCCUCCGACAAGGUGGAUUUUUCUUUGGCGGAUGCCCUCAACAGUGAAUUCAAAGAGACCCGCACCAAUGAGAAGGUGGAAAUGAUGGAGCUGAAUGACCGUUUUGCCAGCUACAUUGAAAAAGUUCGCUUCCUGGAGCAACAGAACAAAGUUCUUGUGGCUGAGCUCAAUCAAAUCCGAGACAAGGAGCCAAAUAAGUUGGCUGACAUUUACCUUGAAGAGAUGAGGGAACUACGCCACCAAGUAGACCAACUCUCCAACUCUAAAGUCCGGUUGGAGAUCGAGAGAGACAACAUGCUGGAGGAUCUCAACAACCUCCGGCAAAAAUUACAGGAUGAGAUUAAUCUGCGCCUUGAAGCUGAAAGCAAUUUGUCUUCCUACCGACAGGAUGUUGAUGCUGCUGCUUUAGCCCGAAUUGAUCUGGAACGCAAAAUUGAAUCAUUGCAGGAGGAGAUUAUCUUCCUAAAGAAAAUCCAUGAUGAGGAACUGCGGGAGCUGCGGGAGUAUUUGCAGCAGCAGCAGGUCCACAUCGAGAUGGACAUGACCAAACCUGAUCUGACAUCUGCCCUGCGUGAGAUCCGUAUCCAGUAUGAGUCCAUGGCCACAAACAAUAUGCAUGAGACUGAGGAAUGGUACAAGUCAAAGUUUGCAGAUCUGAGUGAUGCCGCAGCACGGAACAUUGAGGCACUGCGUCUAGCCAAGCAGGAAGCCAACGAGUACCGCCGGCAGCUGCAGGCCCUCACUUGUGAUCUGGAGUCCCUUAAAGGCUCGAAUGAAUCUUUGGAGAGGCAACUGAGAGAGUUGGAAGAUCGUUAUGCUCUUGAGACUACCAACUAUCAUGACACAGUGAUUCGGUUGGAGGAAGACAGUCGGAGCUUAAAAGAGGAGAUGGCUCGUCACCUCCAGGAAUAUCAAGAUCUCCUCAAUGUCAAACUGGCACUAGAUAUUGAGAUUGCUACUUACCGCAAACUCUUGGAGGGAGAAGAGAGUAGGAUUACUAUCCCAGUACAGACUUUCUCCAACCUUCAGAUCCGAGGUGAUCAAGGAGUCCACCCAGGAACAGAAGGAAGUGGCAUGAAGUAAAAACCACGUCUAGGAACAAGGAAGAAUGUUUGUAGCUUAGGAUGCUAAAAGCUUCGCGUCCUUCCAACCUUCAGUGCCUCAGCACAGAAGCAGUUCUGGACCUGCAGCAACCACUGAGGAUAAGAAAUAUGCAAAUUUAAUUACCAUGCCAGAAAAUAACCAAAUUACUUGCUAGCUGGUGCUUCAGCUGAUUAUAAUGGCUUUUUGAGUUUACUUUUGUCUUGAGUGCUUCUGUCACAGUGACCUUUAAAGUGUCCCAAAUAGCACAGUGUUUACACCUGAAUAUGCUUUGUCUAAAUAAUCGUUCUGGGCUGGCUUAACCAGUUUGAUGCUUCUCAUUAAAACCAACGAAUGAAUAGGAUCCAUGUUAUUGCUGAUUACAGGAAGGUGCUGGGUGCAUUUACGUGUGAGAAAUAUGACCAUUGACCUAAAAGGGCUAUAAUUCAGAAGCAAGCUUCUUUAAUGAAAAUAUAUGCCAUAGAUUGUAAAGCUUAGAUGUAUUAUUUCUUAGUAAUGAAUUCAGAUAGACUUACCUGACUGUGAAAAGGAAAUUGAUGUUUGAGACACUCCUACCUUGGCUUUUGAGUUAAGGUUAGUCCCAUUUUCCGGCAAAACCUCUGUGAUUUUAAGAAAUGUAUAACAGACUGAAAUUUAAGAGGCAAAAUAUCCUACUAUGAGUUUACAAUUAAAAUAAUCCAUGCUGAAGUUUUAGCUGUGUUACAGAUGUUAAAGGCAUAGCUUCUUUUCUAGGGAAAAUAAGCAAAGAUUCCCACCUGGGCUUCCUGUACCCCUGCAAGUAGGGACCAUGGUGAGCAGGAGGCAGGUUUUAUUUUAAAAAAUAAUCCAUUUGUGGUCCCAAUUCUGCUUACUUCCAACAGCAUUUAUUUUAUUUAUUUGUUAGAAUUACAUCUUGCCUUUCUUCCAAGAGUACAAGGCAACUUACAAGGGAAUCUCCCUUUUAAAAAUUCUCAUUUAUCAAUAAGCAAUUAACAGUGUUUUUAGCUAUUUACAUCCAAUAAUCUUGUAUCUAGUUUUGCCCUCAUAGUGGAUAGGUUUUGUUCACCUUUGACUGCCAUGGAGUUUGGGAGGAAUUCCAGUAAAACGUGGCUAGUGACUGAAAUUUGUUUCCUUGUAUUCCCCUGUAGGAUAUGUCCCUUCUCUCUAUCAUCUUGUGUGCUAGUUUACUGGUUGUGAUGGAUAGUAGUAUUCCAAAUUAGAUAAAUGUGUUACGUGUUUCAUUUAUGUAUGGAAAUCUGAGCCUAUAGAGUGAAAAUUUCGAGGUCUCAGACUCUUCCCCCUGAAGCCCUCUGAGUCUACAUGUCUUAGCUCAGCCUUUUUCCUUGGUGUAGUGGCUUGGUAGUUACUGCUGCCAUCACCAGUCUUCUAGGGGGUCACCUUACCUAGUAUCCUCUCUCUAAUCCCAGCAUGUGAGAGAGAGAGGGUUCCACAACCCUGUGUUGUCUUUCUGGCAAAAUAAGAGAGAGAAAAAAAUAAGGAAAAAAGUGAAAUAAUUUUAUAGCACUACCUUCUGGCCCUGAAGCACAAAGGCAUUCAGGUAAGGGCUAAGCCCUUCCUCCUCUUCCCCUUUGGGAGAUAGA